AUGGCCGUCUCGAUCGCCGACGAUUCCUGUAGCCCAACUCGAUCCCUGGGUCUGUUGUUAGACCCGGACGUGGUCGAACCCCCGCGUCCCAAACAGAGCAUGUGGCAUCGUCUGGGUCUGCGCAGAUUACUGGGUCGCGAUGAUCGCGAUGGUCGUUCUCCGUCCCCAGCGGGCGCCAUUUCCCCUCCCGCUCCGAACCACUCCCACAGUAAUAACUUGACCCGUCGCCUGUCGCGCAAAGUGGGCGUCGGCCUCCCCAGAUCCACCACCUUCAAGCGUCAAAACUCGGAACGACGAGACAACCUGUCCCCGCUCGAUCCCGAACCCCGUCGUGCCGUCUCCGCCGACCGUCGCACCCUCAGCGCUCAGCGAACUAGAUCCCCACUGCCCUCGGCGGACCCCAGAUUAUCUGCCCCGGAGGUUCCCUGGCGCGGUUCCGACGAGACCACGGUUGAAACCCCCGCCGAAGCGAAUAAGGACCCGGAUCUGACCUCGGAAUGGAACCUAUGCCCUGACGUGACGGAUGUGCCCGAGGAACCGCCCUUCGAAGACAAUAUCGACAUGGAGUUGGAGAAAAGGUGGAUUUUGAACCUGAGCAUGCACUUUAGGGACCGCUCCGAGCGGGAAAAAUUCUUCGUCACCUAUGCCGAGGCGCCCAACCGAUGGCGCAGAGUCACCAUCUCGUGCGACUACCGCGCCGCCCCACCCGAUUCCCUCGAGCAAGAUCUGAAGGAACUGCGCUACCAGCGAGAUAAAUGUGCCCGCAUCUACGAAUCGAUCCGCGAGUCUCUCCCUGAGAUCCAGUUCUACGAUACCGUAACGAAUCUCAAACUGGAAACCCGCGAUGGUCGGCUGCACGUUCACGUCACCGAAGAUGUCAACGAAAUUAUCCCUUAUCCGCCAAUCUCGUGCAUCGGUCACCUUCCCGAAGCGCGACUCGUUCCCGAACGUUGCCUACAUUUUGAGGCGCAUCUGUCGGGGUUUGUCUACAACGUGAAAUGGGAUGGACGGUCAUACAUCAAGAAGGAAAUCCCUGGUCCCGACACGGUGGAUGAGUUCUUGUACGAAAUCAACGCGCUCCAUGCGCUGCAGGGCAAUCCGAAUGUCGUGCAGGUCGAAGGCAUUGUGGUGGACGAUGAACAAGAGGUUGUGAAGGGCUUGCUGAUCACUUACGCGGAGAAGGGUGCGCUGGUCGACAUUCUCUACGAGGAUCGCGGCACGAUAUCCUGGGAACGUCGGGAGCGCUGGGCGCGCCAGAUCGUUCAGGGUCUGUCGGAAAUUCACGAGGCGGGUUAUGUCCAGGGGGAUUUUACCUUGUCCAACAUUGUGGUGGACGCCAACGACAAUGCCAAAAUUAUCGAUAUCAACCGUCGCGGAUGCCCCGUGGGUUGGGAGCCACCGGAAAUCGCGGUCAAGAUUGAAAGUAACCAGCGCAUCUCAAUGUACAUUGGCGUGAAAACGGAUCUCUACCAGUUAGGUAUGACAUUAUGGGCCCUCGCGACGGAGGAGGAUGAACCUGAACGACAGCCACGGCCGUUGGUCUUGAACGAAGACCUGCCGGUACCGGACUAUUACCGUCGAGUGGUAUCGAUUUGUUUGAGCACGGUGCCCCAGCACCGGCUAUCGGCCAAGGAACUUCUGAAUUUCUUCCCCCGCCAUCCCUUUGCGACAGAGUGGGAUUCGUCUUUGUAUACGCGACGCGCAGGCGUCGGCGUAGGACUUCACAAUGGCGCCCUCCCCUUAUACAACCCCCAAGUUAUGACAGCGUCUGCCGCUCUCCUUAAUCUACGGACAGGAUCUGGGGAGGCAUCAGGCCACUCGGUCGAUGAUCAACCGCCGAUAGAUAGCGAAGAUGUCCCGGUCAACAACGACCAUGACCUAUUGCCGCCAGGAGAAGCAUCCCCGGAGAAAUAUGCAGACAGACAAGCUCCUGCGACCGCUGCGACAGAACCACAACUGGCGGAACAACGGCGUGAUAGCAUACCUAUGACGCCAGUUGGGCUUGAACCCUGGCUUCAAGAAUGUAUACCGUCGGAUGCAAAUGCUCUCUUGGAUCCCAUUGUUACAAGUCUCGACCAGUCUGAAGCUUCCCGCGGCAACGAAGAAGAUAUCGACCUGGACACUGAGGGUGGACCCCAUUGGAGGUCCCUGGUAACUCGGGCGCCUGAGACGAUACCAUAUAAAGUAGAGCCAAUGGCUGGGGAUCUCGCAGGCGUGGGUAGCCACGCAACGUGUUCUUUUGGGCAGUACACCACGAGUGACUUGUCACCGGGUUCCGCACGACCAAACAUCGUCUGGGCCUGGGCGACCACGCUCCGUGUCCUCUUUGUUGGAUUCCAUGCUUCCAAUCAAUCCUGCUUUCACCCUGUUGGGUCAGAAACCCGCGGAGAGCCCUGA